AUGAAUCCUGAUCCCGGAGCCACAGAGAUGGAUUCCUCUUGUGUGACCCCUGGAGAUCCCACCGGGGCCGAGCCAGAGACCCAGGAGCUGGAUCCGGUUGUGGUGUGGGUUCCCAGCGGGAGGCGUCUGAUCUCUGGCCUGCUGGGGAUGAACGUGGUCCUGCUGGGGGGGGCCCUGGUGGCAGGACAGGCCUUUAACCCCCAGGGCCUGAAGAAUCAGGAGCCCCAGGUGUUCCUGCUGCUGCUGAUGGGGGCCGGUUUGAUCUGGAUCCUGUGGUACCUGCUGUGGGCCCGGAAGCAACCCGGCAUCAGCCCACAUAAAGACCACCAUGCCGGGGGAACCACAGUUAUCUUGGUCCUGGUUCUGUUCGCUGCCUUCAGUGUGGUGCUGUUCAUCUGCAGGUUCGGGUACCUGAUCAGCUUGAGGACUUGUCAGCCGCCUGUUAAAGUGCUGUCUGCGUUCAUGGAGGCUCCUUUCCUGCUGCUGCAGACGUAUUUACUGUGGGCUCACUCCAAGGAUUGUGUCCACAAACACAAGAUAAUCACCAGGUCUGGACUGAUGGUGAUUCUGUCAGCUGACCUGCUGCUGUGGCUCAACGCCGUCACCGAGGACACGAUCCACGAGGAGAUCGAGUUAGAAAAGAGCGAAGGGUUCAAGUUCAGCAACACAAACUCAUCCGAGGCCGACGACUCGGACUCAGCAGGUAACUUGACGUUGUGUCGCUGCAGUGCGAGCGCCGCCUGCCUCAUCUUCAGGAAAGGCUUCGAGAUCCUGUAUCCCUUCAACAUGGAGUUCUACCUGAUGGCCGGCUGCAUGAUCUACGUGAUGUGGAAGAACGUGGGCCGCAGGACGAGUCCGGGGCACCACGUCUCCGAGAAGCUGACCCUGAACGUGGUGUACCAGGGCGGGGUCAUCUACGGCCUGGUGUUCGGCGGCCUGGUGCUCGUGGUGGGAGUGACGGUGUUCGUCCUCUACCAGGUGUGGGUCACCCAGCCGCAGCUUCGCCUCACCGCCUUCCUCGUCUUCUACGGCUUCCACUUGGCCGUCAUGCCCGUCAUGUCCCUCUGCUCGCUGGCCGGGACGCUGGUGCACCGGCUGGAGAGGAGGGCCCAGGAGGCCGGACUCAACCCGACCCGGAGCCUGGACGUGAUGCUCCUGGUGGCCGCGGCUCUGGGCCAGCUCGCCCUCUCCUACUUCUCCCUGGUGGCGGCCCUGGCUCUGGGGAGCAGCGGGCCCCUGGGGGACCUGGACCUGUCCUACUCCCUCCUCAGCCUCCUGGAGCUCGUCCUCCAGAACAUCUUCAUCAUCGAAGGCCUCCACCGGCACCCGAACCUGCUCGCCAAGAAGAAGGAGAAGCACAGGAGCAGCAUAUUUAAGCCAAAGAGAAAGGUGAGGACAGAGAUAGAAGAAGAGAAGAAGACGGAUAUCUCACUGCUGGAGGGAAACACGUCACCGGCUGUCCACGUGCAUGAUGGGAAAAAGACCUGGCACAAGAGAGCGAUACAGGAAAUCUGUGCUUUCCUCGUCCUCUCCAACAUCAUGCUGUGGGUCAUCCCGGCCUUCGGAGCCCACCCUCAGUUUGAGAACGGCCUGGGGAAACAGUUCUUCGGCUUCAGCGCCUGGUUCGUUCUGGUGAACCUGGGCCAGCCGCUCAGCGUCUUCUACAGGAUGCACUCGGUGGGCGCUCUGAUGGAGCUGCUCAUCACCGCGUGA